AUGGCGCCGGUGAAGGUGUUCGGGCAGGCCAUGUCGCCGAACGUGGCUCGGGUGCUGGUGUUCCUGGAGGAGGCCGGCGCCGACUACGAGCUCGUCGACAUCGAUUUCCAGGCCAAGGAGCACAAGAGCCCCGACCACCUUGCCAGAAACCCGUUCGGGCAAAUCCCCGCGUUCCAGGACGGUCAUGUCGUUCUCUUCGAGUCAAGAGCAAUCGCCAAGUACGUGGCGCGCAAGUACAAGACGGACGAGGCCGACCUGCUGAGGGAAGGCGACCUUUCAGAAGCCGCCAUGGUGGACGUGUGGACGGAGGUGGAGGCGCACACGUACAGCGCCGCCCUCUCGCCCAUCGUCUACGAGCGCCUCAUCUUCCCUCUCAUGCACGGCAAGCCCACCGACGACAAGGUUGUCAACGAGAGCCUCGAGAAGCUGAGGAAGGUGCUCGAGGUCUACGAGGCACGGCUAUCCAAGCACAGGUACUUGGCCGGGGAUUUCCUCAGCUUCGCUGACCUCAACCAUUUCCCCUACACCUUCUACUUCAUGGCGACGCCCCAUGGGGCCCUGUUUGAGUCGUACCCGCGCGUGAAGGCGUGGUGGGAGAGCAUCAUGUCCAGGCCGGCGAUUCAGAAGCUCAGCGCAACCAUGACACCAUGA